UUACUGAAUGCAACGUUAGCCCUACUUCCUGUCCAAGAGAGAUUUAUAGUUACACUAUCGAUCUCGCAGGUAGACAACGUCAGUAAGCUCCAGGGCCCAAUCGGUCCUCCCGGUUUCAACGGCUCUCAGGGACCGACUGGUCCUGCUGGACCUCCAGGAUUCAAUGGAACACAGGGACUCCAGGGUAUCAUGGGCCUUCAGGGCUUUAACGGCUCACAAGGAGCUCAAGGUCUUACCGGGCCACAGGGACCUCAAGGCGCAGGAAACAUUUCUCAGUGUGAACACAAGACAGAUUCGGUGGCAGGAAGCCAAAAUCCAGUGACAAUAUUUCCUCCUGCCGCUCCAACUACGGUCACUUUGGAAGAGCCGAGUGGUAGAAGGAUAAUUAGCGUCACAUGCUCAACAGACAGAGCUCAACAGUAUCUUCUUAGAAGCAGCAUAAACCCCGCCGACGGUGUUCAAUUUUACUUUUGUGAUUGUUACGGACACUAUGGAACUGGCUCGCAAUCCGUGGACUGCAUCAUACAUUACUGGGAAUGCCCGCUUACCACUUAAGAGCGAAUGUUCCCAAUGGUGAAACAUAUCGCGGCAACAGCCAAAAAAUAAAUUCGCUCAUAUUCUCAAGUUAGGUAGGCCUUAGUGUCAAACAAAUCACGACAUACUUCGUUUGGCUGAAUAUCGAUUUAUUUACGAGAAAAGCGAUAAUAGCCGAAUUCCGUCAAAAUGCCGCUUUUGGAGCUCAAAAUUUAAGAGGAAUCUCAAAGCUUUACGUCACAAAAUCAAAGAACCUAGAUCAAUAAAAACUAUCAAAUCUUGAAAACCAACAUCAAAAUAUAUGUUGACAGCAAUUUAAGCAAUUCUUGCCUAUAUUUAUCUGCAAAAUCUAAUUAAAUUUAUCCGACCUACUUUUAACUAGACUGAAAAUAGGUCAAAAGAAACGCGUUAUUUAACUAUGUGCUACACGAAAUAAUUGACUGAAAAUCUGGCUUUUGGAAGGCGAUAAGUAGUCCUUAUCGAUCUCCAAAGGAUUUUUUGGGGAAAUGAUUCGGAGCGCUUUAAUCAAAUUUGAAAGUUGGAUAAAAUGCACCGAUUCGACGGUGCCGUUAAUUGGCCGGAACACAUACAACACGCAAACUCGAUUGUUUCGCAUUUGAAGUCCAGUGUGCAAUUUAUUUAAUAUAACAUCCUCUUACCUUUAUGUCGCUGUAUCAAAAAACAGGGCUGCAGUCCUGCUGAGUGCUGAACUGAAUUGUUGCAUCGUUCACAUAAAAGCAAUAUAACUUAGAGGAAUAGUGCUGCGCCGCCUCCUGAUCUUGAGUUGUUCACAAAGCGUAUUUCGGGGUUUUCUGAUUCGAGGUUUCUCUGUUCCCAUCUCGUUGAAAAUGAGGCUGUAAACACUCCACGUAAGAUAACUUUGUUUAAAUAUAAGUCUUGAACUGAACAGCGAAUCAGAUGCGGCCAAAAAUGGGGUUAUUUCAAGGACAUCUGUCCCUCGUUUGGCGGAAUAACGCAAAUUAACUUUAAAUUCAAAACGAGGUGAACUGAAAUCGAAAACUGCGGCAAAGUAACUUUGGAGGGGAGGUAGGGAGAUUGUUCGCGUUUCACGCACAAAUUUUAACAAAAUUCACGUGCCACUUAUAUUUUUAGCUGUUUUUAUCCAUACUGUUUCAUGAAUUCACGAAUCACGUAUGUCUUUUAGUUGUUUUUCACCUGUCACACAAAGUUUUGCCUUCGUGACGUGUCACGCAUAAACCCUUGGACUGUGAACUAAUCGAUCCGUUACUGUGUCGAAACUGAGUUUCGUUCCAAAAAAAUAUUCACUUUUUAUUUCCAUUAUUGCGAGGCCGAGAGUUUUCGUAGUACCCACCCUAGCUCUACAGAUAUUUAUUUCUAUAUCACUUUAUCUCCAGAGGUUACACCCAACUCAGGACGACUGCGGCCCAGGUAGCACGUGAUCAUAUUUACAUUUAUCUUUCCCUAUCAGUAGUCUAAAAUGGUUUUUGAGCUCCAAAAGCGGCAUUUUGACGGAAUUCGGUUAUGAUCUAUCUUCUCGUAAAUAAAUCGAUAUUCAGCCAAACGAAGUCUGUCGUGAUUUGUUUGACACUAAGGCCUACCUAACCUGAGAGUAUGAGCGAAUUUAUUUUUUGGCUGUUGCCACCAUAUUUUGAAAAUAUUUUAUUUUUGGGCACAUUCGCUUUUAAAACUUUGUCAUCGUUAUGCAUCUUCAUUGGACGGAUAUUGACUAAUUAAAAAGUGAUCGAUGCUUUAAAAGAUUCGGGGCCGUUUCUCGAAAGCCCCGGAAACUUUUCGGGCCCUCAAAGCCAUCUUUGGU